AUGAGCUCUACUAACAAUUCGUCUUCCUUCUUGGCGGUUGUCGACACCGAGAACGCCAACACUGUGGGUUACACAGUAAAUGAGAAAAUAGCGAUUGGAAUCUUAUUAACAAUAGUGACUCUGGCGACCAUUGCUGGCAACUUACUGGUUAUCACCGCCCUGCUCAUUUUCAGAACACUUCGUCGUAAUAUAUCUAACUGUUUGAUUUUGAACCUCGCCGCCGCCGAUUUUUUAGUAGGUGUACUACUUUUGCCACCUGUAGUAAUUAACGAAAUUGAAGGACAUUGGUAUUUUGGGUCGGCAUUUUGUAAAAUACUGAAAAGCCUGGAUAUAUGCUUAACUGAAGUCAGCGUGUGGGGCAUGGUGCUCCUAAGUUUGGAUAAGUAUUUAUAUAUUACUUUCCCGUUAUCAUAUCGCGAGAUUGUCACGCGUAGACGAAUGAUGAUAGCGGUGUUGAUAUGUUGGGUGCUUGAGGCAAUUAAGUCGUUCUACCCGAUAAUGGCCGGUAUUGCCGAAGAUCCCGACCAGAAAAACAGAACUCUCCAGUCUGGGGGAUGUUUACCGGUCAUCGUUAAUUAUGAACUUGUUUUAACAUCAAUCGUUUUAACAUUUUUAAUUCCGUUAAUAUUACUGUUAUUUUUUAAUUGCCGAAUAUGGAUGAUUGUACGUGAGCAUUCCCGUAGAAUCGACAACAAUAACACAACCGUGCAUCACCAUGGAAACCCCCAUCCGCAUACCUACGGCUUCUCAAAGGCCGACAUAAAGGCAUUUAAAGGGACACUUCUUCUUAUUGUCACGUUUCUCGUGAUGUGGUUACCGUUUUGGACGAUUCUGGUGGCGGAUAGACUGUUUGGAGUAUCCAUUCCUCCAGUGCUUUACCAUACUUUUAACUGGAUGACGUAUUGUAAUUCAUGUGUCAACCCCCUACUGUACUCGUUCAAUAAGUCGUUGCGAGGGGCUUGCAGAAAAUUACUAUCAUGUGACUGUGCCUAUAACCCGGUGGAUACCUGA